CUGACACUAUGUCUCUGCUUCCAAAUCAAAUCUUGUAGACAUACCAUCUCACAGUAACAACCGAACAUUUUAUAUUCAUUAGUAGAGAGGUGUAGUAAAACAAGAAGAGUAAAAUGAACCUUUCUUUACUGAUAAAGUGUAGAACAUAACUGAAAUAAUCCCUGAUUACAAUUCUGCCUACCUGUAUGACAAUUAUAAGUUAAUCAACCCACAGAUAAUAAUUUUCAGAUCAACUGCAGUCUUAUCAUAUAAAGAUACAUUUCACAAAAUCUUGAGAUCCUUCAGUCAAACUGAGUCAGGGUUAAUCCCCUGACAUUCAGUGAACUUCACGCAAGACAGAUGCAGCGAAAGACUAAGUCGGAAGCUGCUCCACAUAAGCUGUGUCCCCAAAACAGCACACAUUAUUCUCAGACACGACUUAGCCCUGACAGAUCUCUCAGACUGUUUAAACAAGAUAUGGAAUAGAAACUAAGUUUAUAGUGAUAUAAUGUAAAAUAUGUUUUAGUUAAGUAUAGCAGUGCUUUGUGUAUACUGAACGAAAUUCAGAACGACGACCUUUCCUGUCAUCUAUGUUCAAUGACAUGGUUAAAAUGACAGAAUGCACAAAUGAACAUUGGUUGCUGACACAAGACAUUGCUCAGAAAUUCCAAUUCUCAAAAUGACCUUGAAAGAAUCUGUUUGUAUGUGAGAUUAUGUUAAUGAAACAGAGCAGCCACUCGCAGUUUGCCAAACUCUAGAAACACACACCGUUUGUUAUGUAAGUAGUUUGUACAAGGUUGUACCAAGCACCUCCUUCCCACCUUCGGCUCACUUAAUAUCAGAUCUGUCUUACAGUAUUAUAAAAUUGGUAAAUAAUAAAGAAUAAAUAAAUGGUUACUAUAACAGAGAGUUUGGACACUAUUUCAACUACAGACAGUGACAGAUAUCCCUUGUUAUAUUAACAAGCCUAACAAUAAACACUGAUUAUUAAACACAAAACAGAGUAACACCGAAUAAUACUGAAAUGUUUGCUACACACAAUAUCUAACAGUUUUUAUGACAGGGCCUAAGAAUACAAGAUCCAUAAUGCCAAUAUUUGUAGCUUAAGAGGCAGGACCAGGAGCUGAGACUCGACCCUUGCAAACAUAGCUUGGUAAGUAGAAACUCAUGAAGAUUGUAAUAUUUUACGGACGCUCCGGUAAGUCAGAAUAUGCUUAACCAAUGAACGGGUCAUUUAAUACCUGUGUCAGGCGAUACUGUCUUGUUCUCUGACGAAUAAAAAGAAGAGGCUUUAGAUAAAAUGAAUAACCACAACAUAAUGGAACUAAAUGUUAAUAUAUAAUACAUAAAGGAAACAGAAUAAUGUAUAAACAUUGGUUAAUGAAACCGACAAAUUAUUUUAAAAUAACAAGUGCCCAAACACAUUGACAUAUACUAGAAAAUGUUUCGGUCAAGAGACCUUGACUUUGAUCAAGGUCUCAGGACCGAAAUGUUUCCUAAUAAAUAUGUUCUAGUGUUUGCUUACGUGUCUUUAUACACCAUAAGUGAACAUGUAAAUAAUUCCCAUAAAAAAGUGAGAAACCACUUGAACAAAGAAGUGUAACGCAGGUAACAGAACUGUGUUUGUACAGUAAAAGGACACAAGUGCAACUAAUGUGACAUUUUAUUGUGGAAACGUUUCGCUCUCAAGCCGUUACUAACAAUACAUGGACACAGAGGGUAUAUAUAGGCUUAGAGUGAGGUGCAAUGCUAGUGGUAGUAGUAGUAGUAGUAGUAGUAGUAGUAGUAGUAGUAGUAGUAGUAGUAGUAGUAGUAGUAGUAGUGAUAUAAGUUGUAGUAGUAGUAGUGAUGCAAUACUGUUUGUAAUGGCUUGACAAAACUCCUGGACAGCCAAACGUUGCCACAAUAAAAUGUCACAUUAGUUGCACUUGUGUCCUUUUACCUUACAUAUUAUCGGUAAUUCUACCAACCUACAUACAGGACUGUGUUUAUUUCGUGCUCAAAGACUCUCAUUAAGAGCAGAACAUAAAAGUCCUUCUCAAAUCCAACAAUUCUUAUUUACAUUGCCUAUGUUUAUGCCCAUUUUUCACUCGUAUACCUCAUUGAUAACUGAAAUUGUGAUGAUGGUUUAACUCGAUUAUGAGCAACUGUAUCUUCACCUUAAAGUAGAAUUGGAGGAAGCCAGAAGAAAGAUUCAAUGGCUGACAGAUAAGUGCAAGGAUUAUCCCUGGAUGAUUGGAUCAACUACUGGAUGCUGUUUGGAAUGAAUGGAACGAAGCUGAAACUAAGGAAGACCAAAGAAACUGCUGUGGAAACCAGCAAUUCUUUUUCUUUGUUAUCAGACGAGUGUGAAUCGGCUAUCCAGGGCAUGUUAACGAAGACCAUCCCAAUGAGGACCAUUAAGAAUGUCACGAUGAACACGGCCAGUGAAGUGCCUUCAUCAGUCCAAUACAAAGAAGAACGGUGAGGAUCAUAAGGAGUUUGAGGUAAUCAGUCCCCCAGCCUGGAGUCGAUGUAAUUAGUCCAUUACUCUUGAGAAGAAUACAGCAUAUGUGCAAAGAAGGGGAUGCUAUACUGCAGACAGAGUUAUUCCAGCGUGUAUGUGGGUUGACUCACAUAUGGGGUUGGCAAGUGCGCUUUUUUCGUGCGUGGAUAGGAAUGCGUCCUGUCCUUAUGUUCUACAAUGCUCCCUGUGUUGAGGUGAUCCUGAGUAGUCACAAACACCUGGAGAAAAGUCGUGAUUACAGUUUUCUGCACCCCUGGCUUGGCACCGGUCUCCUCACUGCUACAGGAAGCAAGUGGCACUCUCGCCGCAAGCUGUUGACUCCAGCCUUCCACUUCAAGAUUCUGGAGGAUUUUUUGGAGGUGUUCAACAACCAGGGUAACAAGAUGGUGCAGAAGUUAAAGCAGAAGGCAGAUGGCAAGCCUUUUGAUAUCUUCCCCUUUGUUACGCUCUGUACCCUAGAUGUUAUCUGCGGUAAGCUCUUUAUGUAUAUCUAAUGUUGUAAGAAAAUA